CUUCGUCGUUGCUACGCAGUGACGUCAGCGGGAGAAGAUGGCGGCCUUGCUGAAGGCGGAAGGACGGUGCGUGCGGCUGUGUGUUGUUUGAGCUUUCCUCCUGCAUGGACCUGUCACCAUGAGCAUCAAGGAGAUGGUUUCCACGGAGACAGAUACCAAAGGACAGAGGAAGGUGUUUGUUCCAAACAAGUUGCUGGAGUGUCUCCCUCCAUCGUCCAGUCUGCCCAACGAGCGGCUCCGCUGGAACACUAACGAGGAAAUCGCCUCGUUCCUCAUCUCCUUCGAGAGACAUGAAGAGUGGCUGUCCUGCAGCCUGAAGACCAGGCCGAAGAAUGGCAGCAUCGUCUUGUACAACCGGAAGAAGGUGAAGUACCGGAAGGACGGAUACUGCUGGAAGAAGAGGAAGGACGGGAAGACCACCAGGGAGGACCACAUGAAGCUCAAGGUCCAGGGCAUGGAGUGCCUCUACGGUUGCUACGUCCAUUCCUCCAUCGUGCCGACAUUCCACAGACGAUGCUAUUGGCUGCUGCAGAACCCGGACAUCGUGUUGGUCCACUACCUGAACGUGCCGUCCCUGGAGGAUUCUGGGAAAUGCAGUCCUCUGCUGUGUGCGCUGGCCGACCGCCACGACAGUCUGCGGUGGAGCCGAGACGACCUGCUGAGCCAGCUGAGGCCCAUGUUCCACAGUAUGAAGUGCUCGGUGGGCUCUGGAGAGUUCAGCAUCGAGGAUCUGGUUCAGCACAUUCUGGAGCGACAGAGAACCAAACCUCAGCCGCGCACGCACACCUGUCUGUGCAACACUGGCCAGGUGUCUUCAGGAGUGAACAUUCCUCACCGCUGCAACAGCACCAAGCACCGGAUCAUCUCCCCCAAGCUGCCCCCCCCCUCCUGCCGGCCCCCCCCGCAGCCCCCCGAGACGGGGGAGGCCGACGGCAGGCUGCCCCACCUGCAGGUCCAGGGCAGCCCCGCCUCGUCCCCCCGCCCCCCGUCCAGCUCGGCCUCCACCCCCCCGCAGACCAACGGUUUCUACAGCGACCUCGCCACGGUGGCGCUGCAGCAGAACGCGGUCAUCGUCAUGGCGACGGCUACCGCCGUCCCAGGAGGAGGGGGAGGAGCCAUCCCGGCAGGGGGAAGCCGGAGGGGAGGAGGCGGGGCCCCGGCAGAGUCUGUCCCUCACCCGCUCGGGCCAGCUGCUCCUGUCCCCGCCCCUCCCCCGCCCCCCCCCUCCGCCCCCCCUGCCCCGCUCCCCCCUCCCCCCCCUGUGCAGGCCACCCUGGCCCUGACCCUGCUGCCCUCGCCGGUCCUCGGAGGCCUGCUCCUCGCCUCCCCUCCCCCGCCGCCCGCCGCCGUGUCUCCUCCGUCCUCCCCGUCCUCACCCUCUCCACCCCCGCCCCCCCACUCUCUGUCCCUGACCUUUGACCCCGACUCCUUCCUCAACUCCCCAAAACAAGGCCAGACGUACGGCGGGCCGCCGCCCCCCUCCCCCUCCCCCGCCGUCAUCUGCAGCUCCUCCCCCUUUUCUCCCCCUCCUCUGGCUCUCUCGCUGUCCCCCACCUCCACCCCGCCCUCGUCCGUGUCUCCGCCUUCCUCCCUGUCCUCCCUGUCCUCGUCCUCGGAGGCGGACAGGAGAGACUCCGCCCCCCCCUCCGCCUCCUCCGUGGCCCCGCCCCCCCUCUCCCUCUGUGUGGAGCUGGGAGAGCGGGGGAGGGGGGAGUCGGGCCCGGAGGAGGAGGAGCGGGCUGCUGGACAUGAGGAUGAUGAUGAUGAAGGCAGAGCUCCACCCACCAAGCUGGCCCUGCUGCAGACAGGCCACGCCUCCCCGUCUCCACGGCAACAUCCCGGUUCCGCCUCCCUGCUGCUGGUGUGUCAGGAAGCCACUCCCCCGGCCAAUCGGGCGCAGCGACCGGACGCGCCUCACGUUCAGGUGAAAGACGGCGGGGGGCGGGGCUGCGGCCUGGACACGCCCCUGACAGAGGAGGCGGAGCCCUCACUGCAGCGAGGGGAGGAGCUGGACAUCAUGUUCGACAGCCAGUUCCCCGACCUCAUCUCUGACCUCAUCACCGAGGAGGCGGCGGCCUGCGAGCAGCGCCCGCCCACCGCCACGCCCACCGGCCCCUCCGGCAGGGCUGCCACGCCAAGCCCCGCCCUCUUUCCUGCAGGCAUCCGCUACAUGGUGCCCCCCCAGCCCUCCCCCUCCUCCUCCUUCCUCCCCUUCCCCCUCCCGCUGCCUUCGUCCUCCUCCACCCGCCUCGCCGCCAUCACCGACUUCUCUCCAGAGUGGUCCUAUCCUGAGGGCGGGGUGAAGGUUCUGAUCACCGGGCCGUGGAGCGAGCCCACUGGACAGUACUCCUGCGUGUUCGACCAGAACUCGGUUCCCGCCUCGCUCAUCCAGCCGGGGGUUCUGCGCUGCUACUGUCCCGCCCACGAGGCCGGCCUGGUGUGUCUGCACGUUCUGGAGUCCGGCGGCUCCGUCUCCUCGUCGGUCCUGUUCGAGUACCGAGCGCGGAACGCCAGCUCUCUGCCCAGCUCGCAGCUCGACUGGCUCUCAUUGGACGAUAACCAGUUCCGGAUGUCCAUCCUGGAGCGCCUGGAGCAGAUGGAGCGCCGGAUGGCCGAGAUGUCCUCCAGGGACAGCCAGCGUCUUCAUCAUCCUCAUCAUCAUCAUCCUCAGCAGCAGCAGAGAGGCAGCCGGGUGGCCACGCCCCCUCCGGCUCCUCCUCCAAUAGCAGAGGACCACCAGGUGUCGCAGUGGUUCGAGCGGAGGAUUGUGGGAGUGUGUGAGCGCAUGAUGAACGGAGGGCGUUGGAGCGGAGGAGAGAGACUCCAUCACUCCGUCCGUCACCGAGGGAUGACGCUGCUGCACCUGGCGGCGGCGCAGGGAUACACACACCUGAUACACACCCUCAUCACCUGGAGGAGUGUGAACGGUGACAGUUUGGAUUUGGAACAGGAAGUUGAUCCUCUGAAUGUCGACCACUUCUCCUGCACGCCACUGAUGUGGGCGUGUGCUCUGGGCCACCAGGGGGCGGCGGAGCUGCUGUUCCGGUGGAACGUUGUGGCUCUGCGGAUCCCGGACUCUCUGGGCCGCCUGCCGCUGGCCGUGGCCCGGUCCCGAGGACACACCCAGCUGGCCCGGGCGCUGGAGGAGCUGCACGCACACACACACGCACACACACACGCACACACACCGGAAACACACACACCGCACGCACCGGACACACACUGCACCGGCAGGGACACACACACACCGGACACCCUGCCGUCCCCGCUGUCCACCAGUCCAGACACAGGUCUCAGCUCGUCCAGCAGCCUCCCUUCGCCCGUCGACCACUCCUCCCCCUCUCCCAGCUCCGCCUACUCCAGUGGCCCCGCCCCCAUGGACACCUCCCCGUCCUCGUCGCCCUCUGGCCCCGCCCCCUCUCCGUCCGGCCCCGCCCCCGGCGGAUCCGGCCCCGUGCCCCUGUACUUGAUGGACUGCGAGAACGCAGAGAACGAGGGCGAGGAGGAGGAGUACCUGGAGGAGGAGGUGCUGCAGGUGGACAUGGCGACGCUGGCGGAGCAGAUCAUCGAGGCGACGCCGGAGCGAAUCAAGCAGGAGGACUUCCCCCAGGGGGCGGAGUCUCCGCUGAGGGAGAGGCGGGACAACCCGGCGGCGCAGGACACCUGGCUGGCCACGUACCUGGAGACGGUCGACGCCCACUCCCCGCCCAGGAGGAUGUGCCCCCCCUCCCCUCUCAGCGCCCUGGCCCUCCAGAGGCUCCGCCCCCCCUCCUCGGCGGCGUGGGCGGAGUUCCUGAACGCCUCGGCCAAUGGGAAGAUGGAGAGAGACUUCGCCCUGCUGACGCUGACGGACGGCGAGCAGCGAGAGCUUUACGAGGCGGCGAGGAUCAUCCAGAACGCCUUCCGCAGGUACAAGGGCCGCAGGCUGAAGGAGCAGCAGGACAUGGCAGCAGCCGUCAUCCAGAGAUGCUACAGGAAGUACAAACAGCUAACAUGGAUAGCUCUGAAGUACGCGCUGUACCAGAAGAUGACCCAGGCCGCCAUCCUGAUCCAGUCCAAGUUCCGCUCCUACUACGAGCAGAAGCGCUUCCAGCAGAGCCGGCGCGCCGCCGUGCUCAUCCAGCAGUACUACCGCAGCUACAAGCAGUACGAGAGGCUGAAGGCCGCAGGCCACGCCCCCAGGAUCAGAGGCUCGUUCUUGACUAAGAAGCAGGACCAGGCGGCCCGGAAGAUCAUGAGGUUCCUGCGGCGCUGCAGACACAGGAUUAAGGAGCUGAAGCAAAGCAGGGAGCUGGAGAGGAGAGGACUGACCACCUGACCUGCUAACUGCCCCUCCUAUUACCCCCAUGGCCCUUAUUGCCCUCUUUUUGCCCCACAUGUCCCUUAUUACCCCCCCAUGUCUCUUCUUGUCCCCCAGGUCCCUUAUUGCCCCUCUUCUUGCCCCAUGGCCCUUAUUGCCCCUCUUCUUGUACAUGAAGUGAUUUAUAAUCUAUUUAAUUGGACAGAAGCUCGUUUCCAUAUAAUCUAUAUUCUAAAGUUUAUAGACGCUCAGAUGUUUAUUUAUUACUGUGUGUGUGUGUGUGAUUGUGUGUGUGUGUGUGUGUGUGUGUGUGUGUGUGAGUGUGUGUGUGUGUGUGUGUGUGAGUGUGUGAGAGAGAGGUCCAGUCUUAAGCCCUCCUGAUCUUGAACCAAUCAGAGCCUCCGUUUCGAACCCUGUGGAUGACGUCAUCAGUGACAUCAUGCAGUGGGCCGUGAGGCUCCGCCCCCUCUGAGCAGCUCCAGUCGGCUGUUUCUACUGUUAGCAUGCUAGCAUGAUUUCCCUGUGCUGCAGUGACCUUUGACCCGGUUCUGUUUCUACUGUUUGACCUGGAAUAAAGACUGUUGUUUCUA